UAGAGAGGAAGGAGAGAGAAGAAAUCAGAAGAAGAACCAAAUUCCCCAUUUCUCUUCCUCCCACCCCCACCCCUCUCUAAUGGAAAAUUUGCAGAGGGUCCGCUUACAUCGAUCUUAACCAGAAAUAUUAUCACUUUCUGAUCAUCUUGAUUUCGCGUAUUGUUCAGGAAUUUCCGUUGAUUGAAUUGUUAUGGUCCAUGGUCGAAGACUAGAGGAAUUGAGAUGUUUCCCAGGUGGUAGAGAAGUUUUUAUUUGGAAUUGAAGGGGUUGUAAAUAGAUAAUAAUGUCCACGAAGAAUGACCACCACCAGAUGGUCCCGUUGGGGGUUUUGCUCAAGCGCGAAUUAGACAAUGAGAAGAUUGAGAAUCCAGAUAUCAUACAUGGGGAGUUUAACCAAAGCAAGAAAGGGGAGGAUUUCACGUUUAUGAAGACGGAAUGCGAAAGGAUUCCUGGAGAUGGGUGUACGGUGUUUUCAGUAUUUGCACUCUUUGAUGGACAUAAUGGAUCUGGAGCCGCGAUAUACUCUAAAGAGAAUCUUCUGAACAAUAUCGUGGGUGCUAUUCCUUCAGAUCUUAGCAGAGAAGAGUGGGUCGCAGCAUUACCAAGGGCGAUGGUUGCAGGGUUUGUAAAAACUGAUAAAGACUUUCAAGAGAGAGCAAAAACGUCAGGAACAACUUGCACUUUUGUAAUAAUAGAUGGAUGGAUCGUAACUGUAGCAUCGGUGGGUGAUUCCUGUUGUGUAUUUGAAUCGGCUGAAGGUGACGUAUAUAAUCUGUCAGCUGACCAUCGACUUGAAACCAAUGAAGAGGAAAGGGAACGCAUAACGGCUAGUGGAGGUGAGGUUGGUCGUCUUAAUGCUGGUGGUGGUGCAGAGAUUGGGCCUCUAAGAUGCUGGCCUGGUGGAUUGUGCCUUUCCAGAUCAAUUGGAGAUAUGGACGUAGGGGAGUUCAUUGUUCCUGUCCCGCAUGUAAAACAAAUUAAGCUUUCUAGCGCUGGAGGUAGACUGGUAAUCUCAAGUGAUGGUGUUUGGGAUGCUUUGUCCACUGAAGUGGUUCUGAACUGUUGUCGUGGGAUGACACCAGAGGCUGCAGCUGCUCAAAUUGUUAAAGAGGCUGUAGGGUUAAAGGGGCUCAGAGAUGAUACAACGUGCAUUGUGGUCGACCUAUUACCACCAGAAAAGUCAACUCCUCCACAGCCACAACCAAAAAAGCAAACAAAAGGAGUUUUUAAGUCCAUGUUUCGCAAAAAGGCGUGUGACUCAUCUUCUUAUUUGGAUAAAGAUUAUACCGAGCCAGAUGUUGUCGAGGAAUUAUUUGAGGAAGGGUCUGCGUAUCUCUCGGAAAGAUUAGAGACUGAAUAUCCCCUCUGCAACUUGUUCAAAUUGUUUCGUUGCGCAAUUUGUCAGGUCGAGUUGAAUCCUGGAGAGGGAAUCUCUAUACAUUCUGGUUCAGAAAAUCCAGGAACUUCUCGUCCGUGGGAUGGCCCAUUCCUUUGCCCUGCCUGCCAGAUAAAGAAAGAAGCAAUGGAGGGAAAGAGAGCAUCAGGAAACCGACGUAGAGAUGAUUCAGAUAGUGACUAGUCGAUCCUUUUUUCUUAGCAGUCAGCAACAUUGUACUGUUUCUGCACUUGGCACUGACGAUUAUUUUAUAACUGGGAGAAUCAGAUAGCAGGAGAAUCAGAUAUCAGGAUCAUUUCAGAAUAUUAAUUCUAUUGUUUGGAAGAGCUUGGAUAUGAACAUUUGAUUGGUUCAAGAUUUAGAUCUUCUAGUUCAGUCACCAUGAAGUGACCAUCACCCUGCGCUUCUGGAGUGUGAUGAAUAUUAGCUUGCUUCUUCUCUGAUCAGGGUAUUUUUCCAAAGGUAUUGAUGAAUUCAACAAUGCCUUCACGUCGAACUACCCCAGAUAACUAACCUUUUUUUUUCUUCUUCUUAAUUUCCUUUCCUUUUUCUUUAUUCUUCUGGUUCACGUACAUUGUAUACGAGUUUCAUUCUAUAGAGAUCUAUAAGAGUAAAUGAAAGCUGACUCACUGUAAUAUUGCCGGAGAGUUUAAUCUAAUACAAGUUUUUAGUCUAA